UCCAGCGGGUGUCAGCGGGGAGUCAUGAAGAGGAGUGGCACACCAGUGUGGGACAGAAGGAGCUACAGGCCCCCUCCCACAUUAAAGAGGAGCAGCUUCAUGAUGAAGAUGAAGCUCAGUCCUUACAGCUUCAUCACAGUCAAAGUGAGGAGAACAGAGGGGCGGAGCUUGUAAGUCAACACAUCACAGAAGCUGAUGGAGAGCAUUGUGAAGAUAUCAAGUCAGAACCAGACAGCAUCUUUGCUCCACUGUCAGACAUGGACCACAUGAUGUCACACUCUUCUGAUCACAGUGACCACAUCCAAAAACCUUUGGAGAGUAAAAAUGACUCUAAAGGUGAUACGAGACAUCACACUAACAACAAACACUUUGACUGCUCUGAAUGUGGGAAAUCAUUUAGACACAAGGGUCAUUUUACAGUACACAUGAGAAUACACACUGGAGAGAAACAUUUUACAUGCUCUUUUUGUAAGAAGAAUUUCUUCCAAAAGGGUAACAUGACCACACACAUGAGAACACACACUGGAGAGAAACAUUUUGCUUGCUCAGCUUGUACUAAAAGAUUCAACACUAAGAAUGAAAUGAUAUUACACAUGAGAACACACACAAGUGAGAAACCUUUUACUUGCUCUGUUUGUAAGAAGAGUUUCUCCAGAAAGCAACAAAUGACCUUACACAUGAGAACACACACUGGAGAGAAACCUUUUGCUUGCUCAGCUUGUGCUAAAAUGUUCAACACUAAGACGGAAAUUAUAUUGCACAUGAGAACACACACAGGUGAGAAACCUUUUACUUGCUCUGUUUGUAAGAAGAGUUUCUCCAGAAAGGAACAAAUGACCACACACAUGAGAACACACACAGGUGAGAAACCUUUUACUUGCUCUUUUUGUAAGAAGAGUUUCUCCACAAAGUGUAACAUGACCACACACAUGAGAACACACACUGGAGAGAAACCUUUUGCUUGCUCAGCUUGUGCUGAAAGAUUCAACACUAAGAAUGACAUGAUAUUACACAUGAGAACACACACAGGUGAGAAACCUUUUACUUGCUCUGUUUGUAAGAAGAGUUUCUCCACAAAACAUAACAUGACCACACACACAAGAACACACACUGGAGAGAAACCGUUUGCUUGCUCAGUUUGUGCUAAAAGAUUCAACACUAAGAAUGAAAUGAUAUUGCACAUGAGAACACACACAGGUGAGAAACCUUUUACUUGCUCUGUUUGUAAGAAGAGUUUCUCCAGAAAGGAACAAAUGACCAUACACAUGAGAACACACACUGGAGAGAAACCUUUUGCUUGCUCAGCUUGUGCUAAAAGAUACAACACUAAGAAGGAAAUGAUAUUGCACAUGAGAACACACACAGGUGAGAAACCUUUUACUUGCUCUGUUUGUAAGAAGAGUUUCUCCAGAAAGGAACAAAUGACCAUACACAUGAGAACACACACUGGAGAGAAACCUUUUGCUUGCUCAGCUUGUGCUAAAAGAUUCAACACUAAUAAGGAAAUGAUAUUGCACAUGAGAACACACACAGGUGAGAAACCUUUUACUUGCCCUUUUUGUGAGAAGAGUUUCUCCAUAAAGGAACGCAUGACCACACACAUGAGAACACACACUGGUGAGAAACUGUUUAGUUGCACUGUGUGUGAUAAGAUGUUUAGGUUUCAGUAUCAGGUCAGUAGACACAAGUGUGUAACAAUCAUGGAAGCUGCAGCGAUGUAAAAACACUUAAACAGUGAUUGUGCUAAAUGUAGUUUAAAAACACAGCAUGUUUAAUAUGAAUGUAUAUUUGAUGUUGUAUGUAGUGCUUCUCAUCUUCUAGUCUUAUAUGUUGUCCUGUACUUACUUUUUAAGUUGUGUGCAUGUAUUGAAUGUUAUAUAUGACGCUACUAUUUUAUUCUAUUUUCUCAUCUGUGAAGAGAGGACAUCUUAUUAUUUUUAUUGUUUAUUUUUCACACAUUUUUUCCAUUGCAUUUUAUUGAUGUUUUUAUCCAAUUAAAAGUAUGAAUGAAUAAAAUGGUUAACAAAAUGUGGACUCUGGUAGAUUAGCAGCAUUGUUACAUCAUGGAUGUUAACUACUGCAAAACAUCAACAAAGAAGAAAAAUGCUGAAGUUAGCAACACAUCACUGAACUUUAGAGCCAUCGUGAGUGGAGUUGCUUGUUUUUAUUGCUGCAUUUGUACUUAUUUCACCUCACAUCUUCACUUUUAAUCCUAAAGUCUUCUUCACAUAUAUUGUUGUAGGCUUCUAACAUUUAUGUUUCUGAUGUGUGUGUGUAGUCUGUGGAAAGGGUUGUUGUCCCUUGUGGAUCCAAUUGUUCACUUGCACAGAUACAUCUUCAUCAUCAUCAUCAUCAUCAUCAUCAUCACCGGCCCAAUACUGGACGAAACCUUAGCAUUAAUGUUUUAAUAUAAGUGUGACCUCAUUAUUCCUUGAUAAUAAGACUAA